AACCCGAGCAAGAUGGAGGCCGCGCAGAGGCCGCCGCCUGGGCCCGGCAAGCCGCCUCUGGGAGCGCAGAGCCGCGGCGCCUAGGCCGUGCCAGUCCUGGACCCACCGCUCCGGAUCGGGCCCAGGUUGGUCUCCCCGCACCCCCUCCCCGCGGCCGCAGCCUCCGCGCGCGUCCGGCCUGGGCGCGGGGUAGCCGCCCCCCACCCCCCACCCCCGGCCCUACUGGGGCCCGGCCGCUCCCCCGCUCCCCGGCGACGGCCCCCUGCCCCUUGCCCACUAACUCGCGGCCCGGGCUGCCCGCCGGCCCCGGUCCGUCGUCCCCUUGGCCUGGAAAACCUCUCUACCUAGCCCUGGCGCGCCAAACCUAGCCUCCCCUCAGCCUCCAUCCAGCCCUGUCUUCUGAGGGACCCUCCCAACCCCCCGCCCCGUGUUCAGACCCUGCAGUCCCGGUCCCCCGAUGUUCCUCUAGCCUCAUCCUGGUUCUUCCACUUCGCCCUCCCUGUCCCAGCCCCCAUAUCACCUUCCCAGUCCCCUAGUACUUGCCCCGUAUAUCCCCUUCUUACCCUCUCACGGAAGCGCCCACCUCCCUUUCCACAGACCCCUUUUAGACACCCAAUACCAGACCUCCUUUUACCCCUAAUACCAACCCCCAAAUUCCCUUCCGACCUCCCUGUAAAACCCCUCAGCUAAUUCUUCAGUACCGGACCACAGCCUCCAUUCCAUCUCCCCACGAUUCCCUCUUACUCCGCCAAUACUAGUCCCCAAGCCCCCUCCCCAACUCCACCAUAACCACUUUCUAGCACUCCCCCCAGCUCCCAUAUUCUCAUCCCAGCCCCCCAACUUUCACAUGGCCUCUUCCUAGGUCCCCGAAUUGGAGAUCUUUGCCAGUCUCCCCCUCCCCCGACCCCUCCCCAGUACUCUCAUGACCCCUUCCUAGCUCCUCCAUACCAGCCCCCGGGUCCACUCAGCUCCGCCUCAGGCCCCGCCCUCGCGGGUACCUUGGCUCAGGGCCGCUUCUCGCGUGCGUCCCCAGCUCCCGCCCGGCAGCCCGGCGGUCGGUCCCGGGCCGGCGGCCCCCGCCAGCCGCCGCCGCCGCCGGCCCCGCCCCCGGGCACCAUGCUGCCCUCGCAGGAGGCCUCCAAGCUCUACCACGAGCACUACAUGCGGAACUCGCGGGCCAUCGGCGUGCUAUGGGCCAUCUUCACCAUCUGCUUCGCCAUCAUCAACGUGGUGGUCUUCAUCCAGCCCUACUGGGUGGGCGACAGCGUGAGCACCCCCAAACCUGGCUACUUCGGCCUCUUCCACUACUGUGUGGGCAGCGGGCUGGCGGGCCGAGAGCUCACCUGCCGUGGCUCGUUCACCGACUUCAGCACCAUCCCGUCCGGCGCCUUCAAGGCGGCCGCCUUCUUCGUGCUGCUCUCCAUGGUGCUGAUCCUCGGCUGCAUCACCUGCUUUGCGCUUUUCUUCUUCUGCAACACGGCCACGGUCUACAAGAUCUGCGCCUGGAUGCAGCUCUUGGCAGCUCUGUGCCUCGUGUUGGGCUGCAUGAUCUUCCCCGACGGCUGGGACGCCGAGACGAUCCGGGACAUGUGCGGGGCCAAGACUGGGAAGUACUCCCUGGGGGACUGUUCGGUGCGCUGGGCGUACAUCCUGGCCAUCAUCGGCAUCCUCAACGCCCUCAUCCUCUCCUUCCUUGCCUUCGUGCUGGGGAACCGGCAAACCGACCUGCUGCAGGAAGAGCUCAAGCAGGAGAACAAAGAUUUUGUGGGCUCUACAGUAAGCUCUGUGUUGCGGCCAGGGGGUGAUGUCUCCGGAUGGGGAGUCCUCCCGUGUCCUGUUGCUCACACACAGGGACCCUGAAGGCCGGAAUCACAGCCCAGGAGUUGAUCUGCCCUCGGCUUGUCCUGUCUCCUGCCCUCUCAUCCCUCCAUUCACGCUCCGAGGGAAGACCCCGAUCUUGGACUCACCUCACCUGCUAUCUGCCUGCGAACUCUGGGCUUUGAAGAGAGGCUGGGGCUGACAUGCAGCCUGGGGGAGGGGAGAGGCCCUGCAGACCCUGGGGGUCUGCACUUCCUUCAGCUGACCUAAGGGAGCUGGCCCCCAGCCCCUGGCCUCCUCCUCCUCUCCAGCCUGGCCGGGGCCCUGCUGAGUCUCUGGGGAAAGAGGCGCUGUGGCUUCCCACCAGGCUCUCCCAGUCUGGAGGGCUGCGGCCUGGCUCCAUCCUCGCCUCCUCUGGUCCCCACCUCCUGCAGAAACUCAUUCAAGAUACUGCUCCAGGGCAGACCGGACUCUUUCCUACCUUUUUUCUUUUUUGCCAACAACGGUUCCAUCAUCUCCUCACAGAGCUCCAGGCACCACAGGCCUCCCCGAGGCCCCUCUGCUCCAGCCUGCUUCCAGCUGUCCUGAAGGAAUCCGAGCUGCACCAAGGGAGAAAGCACAGGGCCUCCGGGUCUGCUGCUGACUGGGGCCCUGUCAGCACGGACUCUGAGCCAAGACAGGCCGCUCUGGAGGCCACGCUCAGACUCCUGUCUUGGUGGCGUGUGGCUGCUGCAGGCUGGGGCUGAAAGUGGCUCAGCCUGGGGCUGGCCAUCUCCUCCCUGCGUGGACGGUUCACCAGGGACUGGACCUUGACCCUGGCCUGUUUUGUACAGUAUAGACUUCUUGGCCCUGUUGUCAGGGUUGGGGGUUGGGGGAGAGGCCCAUGAGUGGGGAAUUAGGGGAUGCCUCACCCCUCUGCCCCAUCUCAUGUUGUCCCCCCACCCCCUUCUGCCAAGGGCAGAGACUGUCUUGCCUCUUUGAUACUUUUCUGCAUAACUUGAACUUGCAGGUCACCUCUGAACAGGGUACCCCCUGUCCCCAUCCCCAGGCCUUGUAACCCUGUCCCCACCUCUUCCUUCUCCCUGCCCACCUCUUGCCUUGCGGUUUGCCCACGGUCUCAAACCCAGUGGGCAUGCUUGGAGCCGAGGCAUGAGUGAAUGUGUGUGAGUGUGUGUGUGCGCGUGCGUGUGUGUGUGUGUGUGUGGGGCAGAUGAAGGGUCUUCUCUCUCCCCUCUGCCCCUGGGAGCACAGGAUGGAGACUAUAGGUGUGUCUGACCUCCCGUCACUGCCUGGGGGUCCUGGUGGUAGAGCCAUCUGGCCUGGGGUGUGGAUGGCCCCCUCCAGCCCCACACUGGGUGGCCGGUUAGCUUCGUCUUGUGUGCCUACUUCUGUCUCCAGGUACCUGCUGCCUGGCCCACUGUGGAGGGGCAGCGGGAGGCCCCUGCAGGCUCAGUGGGGAAGCACGUGGUCACCAUGUCACGUGAGGCCGAAGGAGAGAGGAAAGCAGCGAGUGCCAUGUGUUCACAACCCUGUGUUCAUUUCCCCUGGACCUGGACCUGAGAGUUAGGGUUGCCAAGAGAGACCCUAGAGUCCCCCAGCUGGACCCUAACUGGAAUCACGUGCUCGGUUUUGGGAGGAUUCCUGAAACCUGGAACGUGCACAGUCCUGAUCCCUGCCCUCUCUACUCCCUCCUCCUGGGCAAACACCCCCCCCCACACCCCUCCCCCAUGCUCCGGCCCCUGCACUGUGCCCCUCCUCCUGCUCCCCCCAGGGUCCCGCGCUGACCCGCCCUGAGUGAGAGGGUGGGGGAGCCUCGUGGGGGGUGGGUGAGGGGUAGAAGUGAGUUCCUUCAAGAUCCUAACCAAAGCCUGAUAUUGGAAGCCAACAGGAGGAGGGAGCAGGAACAAGUGAUUAGAAAUGGGAAGAAGAUAGAGACAGGGGAAAGAGGCGGCGGCACAGAGAUUGGGAGGAGGGAGGGAUGGAGCUACGAGGAGAUUGAACGAGGUAGGACAGAGUAGAGAAAGAGUGACCAGAGAGGGGAUGUGAUGGGUAGAGAACUAGGAUGUGGGAGGGGAGGUGGCCGGAGACAAAGAAGGCACAGGGAUGGUGAGAAGACAGAGGAAGAAGCGAGUUGCAGGGGGCCAGGUGCUGGGGAAGAAAGGAAGGGGAGGGCGAUGGGGAAUGGGGAGCCGCUGCUACCCAGGAGCCACAAAUCCCUGUGCGCUGCUGGGCGGGAAGCUUAGGACCUAGCUCCUAAGAGGCAGAGGCGGGGCCCAGGCAGCCAUGCCCCACCCCAUUGGGAAGGAAUUGCAUCUAGGUGAUUGCCCAGCAGGUUAGCACCACUGGAGUGGGUUAGUGGUAGAGGGGGGUGGUUUCCUUUGGAGUGGUUGGACGGUGCUUCCCUGCCACCAUCCGCCCAGCCCCCUGCUGCCCUGACUAGGGGGCAGUGGGCAAUGCACCCAGGAGCCUGGGUUAGGAUGAGAGUGUUGGUGGGACUGAAGGAACACCAGGGUACCUUAGGGAAGGGAAAGAGGCUGGAGUGGGUACCAAACCAAAGCCCUGUCCCUGAGGCUUCAGCAGAGGUGGGAGCAGAGUAGGAAGGAGAUGCUUCAGCGAGGCCCCAGGUGAGGCUGAAGCAUCAGCAAGCCAGGACCCAGAUGGCUCUCUGGGGUCAGGAAGCCAUCACAGUGAGGAUGUUCAUUGCUCUCACCCACACCUGGCAACUUGGUUUAAGCCUCUGGGAGGAGGCGGAAGCAGAGGAGAUGGUCUGUUCCCAGCUGAAUCUCUUGGUUCCUGAAAGAGGCUGAGCCGUGUGUGAGCAGUCCACUGAGGCACCCCUCCCCUCGCCAUGCCUGGACCAGAAAGGGUUUCCUCUGCCUGAUGCAGGACUCUCAGGAGAGGCCAAGGCAGCUCCAACCUCGAGGGGGUUCAGAGCACUGCUUGCUCAAGUCCUUCCAGGUCUCCGGAUGUGAGACCUUUCCUCUUUGGGGAUCAGUACCAUGGGUAGGUUCAAGAUCUUUUUCAGGCCUGUUAUAGCCAAGAAGCGGGGAGCUUUUAGAGAAGGCUGUGUGGGGAAAAAUUCCUGCCUGGCUGCCUGCUGAGGUUCCUGCUUGGGCACAGGGGAUUCACCCUUCUGCAGCUCCCAGUGUGAACUGAGGGAAACCAAAAAAGCCCUCUCUUUGGAGAAGCUGGGAUCUUCCUGGCACGAGAAACUUCCGCAGGCCCCUGCCUGGCUCAGGGCUAGCCUUCAGGUGGGACUGGAGUUUCCUGAGAAGUGAACAAGGGAGCCACAGUCCUCCCCUGAGCUCUGACCAGCAGAAGGCCCGUGCUGUGUGUCAUUAGGAUAGCUUGGUGUUGUCUACACUCCAUUAGUAAGUUCUGUCUGAACGUGUCCUCGCUGUUCAUCGUCCAAUUCGGUAACAUUGAUUUUGGUCCUGACCCCUUCUGCUGCUGCUGGAUUUGAGCUUCAGUGCAGGUGGAAUGAUGUUCAAAUAAAGACACACUUUAUAUCACC